AUGGGUGAAAGAUUCAGUGGUUCAUUCAACAAUUUAUUUGGUUCUCCAAAUACAGAGGGAAAUUCAAGCUCUCAAAAUUCUCAAUUGUAUUCUCUUCCCAAUCUUCAUCUGUCGCAAUUUGCUUAUGCAACUCAAUUUUCACAAAAUACUCCCACUUGUUCAAAUUUUGUUCCUCAUGCUCCAUUUUUCAUGUUUCCAUCUGAUUAUGCUUCAAUAGGUGGCCAGUUUAUGAUGCAACCUCCUUCUCAAGUGAGUCUGGGAGGAUCUGGAUCCGAUAGAGAGCUCCCAACACCAAUUUCAAUGCUACGCUCUCAAUUUCCACCACAUUCGACGGCACCUGGGAUAGAAAAUAUUAACAUCGAGGAUAAUGAGGAGGAUGACAAAGAAAUGAAUGCCUCUUGUAAUAGAGCUAAGGUGAUGUGGUCAACCGCCGAGAAGAAAUGUCUUGCAAGAGCUUGGGGAACUAUUACCAAUGACCCAAAAGUUGGUAAUGCACAAAAGAAUAAGCAUUUUUGGCAACGUACCUCCACGUACUAUAAUGAUAAUCGGCCUACGGGUACGACAGCAAGAGAAUGGACAUCGAUAAAGUCACAUUACUAUCGAGUUAUGCCUGAUAUUGGUAAGUUCUCAGGAUGGUACAAUAAUUUCUUCAACAAUAGAGCUAGUGGUGAAAGUGACGCUAAUGUUGUAGCCGCUACACAUGAUAUGUGGAAAAAGGUACACAAGAAUAAGACUUUCAAGUAUGAACACGUAUGGAAGAUUAUAACAGAGUGCGAGAAAUGA